CAUUGCACAGCGACAAAUUUCUCUCGGGUCAAGAAUUAGUAGGAUGUGCCAUGUCAACUCUGUAGGAAGCGAGAAUAAUUCAAUCGUCAUUGUUGUGGUUUGAGUUGGUUUUGAAGAGUUGCGAAGGCUGACAUCCUGUUUUGGCUUGCCGCCGGAUGCUGUUCAGAAUCCAGAUGCGACAUGGUGGAACGCCAGUUUCCUUCAAGAUCGUUUAUCAAUUAUUCUGUUUAAGCUCAUACGACCGUCCACAGAGCAGCCCGACAUGGCAGAAGGGCCAGACCCAGUUGAUUCAAUGCUCGAUCUGAUGCGUCGUCUUCCGCCUACCAAUGUCGAGGAGAACGUGAACGUGCUCAUACAGAUCUGCCCAGACUAUGCAGAUGAUCUUCUAGGUAGUGUCGACCAGCCUCUGAAGGUUAAGACAGACCGAACCACAGGGAAGGAUUAUCUUGCAUGCGAUUACAAUAGGGACGGUGAUAGUUAUCGGUCACCUUGGUCGAAUGAAUAUGACCCUCCCAUAGACGAUGGUACCGCACCAACGCCGAAGCUUCGCAAGCUUGAGAUUGCCGCCAAUGAGGCGUUCGAUACAUAUCGCGAAUUGUAUUACGAAGGCGGCGUGUCUUCUGUCUAUCUUUGGGAUCUGGAAGAUGGCGGUUUUGCAGGCGUUGUGUUGCUCAAGAAAACAAUGACACCCACAAGCCCUGACGAGCCCUCAGGUUCAUGGGAUUCGAUCCACGUCUUCGAGACCGCAGAACGCGGAAGACAAGCGCACUAUAAGCUCACAUCUACCGUUAUGUUGGAGCUCGUGACGAAACAGAACAAUAAGGCUGAUGAAACCUCCGGUCUCGGCGAACCCGAAAAAAAGGCUUCCGAGCAAGGAUGGAAGUCGUCGGGGGAAAUCACUUUAAGUGGAAGCAUGACGAGACAGACUGAGCAGGAUUGGCCUGUGCAUGAAUCGACUUCACACAUUACGAACACGGGAAAGAUGAUCGAAGAGAUGGAAAUGAAAAUGAGAAAUCUUCUUCAAGAGGUGUACUUCGGGAAAACACGCGAUAUUGUUUACGAUCUCCGAAGCAUGGAUGACCUAGAAAAAGCGCGACGACAAAGAGAGUUACAGAAAGAGCUGGUUGGUUUUAUCAAGCGUUAGCAUACCCCGAGAUGUUCUGUAGGAGUAAAGAACAUUCAUCCGAUGUGACGAUUUUGCAGUUUGCGCUUAAACAAACGAAGGUUCAUAUUUAGGGUCAA